AUUUAUUUGUGAAAUAGUUUGGGUAAUGAUUAUAUAAUGGCAGCUUUUAGUGAUACACAGGCUCAGGCAGCCCUGAAGACUUGUCAUGACCACGGUGACCUGCUGGACAUGUUUUGUGUGGACUGUGAAGAAGAAAUCUGUUUGAUAUGUGGACAACAGGAACACGGUUCUCAUGACUGGAGCAGAACCGUGAAAGUACUGGACCGUAUCAAAGUGGAGCUGAAGGAACAGUGCAAUGUAGUCAGACAAGACAGGGUUCCCGGACUGCAGGCAGAAAUCCAGAGAAUCAAAGAGCUGAGACAGGAAAAUGAAAACCUUGUAGCAGAAAAAACAGAGAAAAUUCUGACACACACUGAAACUGUCAGGGAGACUUUACAGAGAAUUUGCUCUGAGUUAGUUACAUACUGUAAAUCAAUCAAAGUGGAGAAUGAAGAAAAAUUAGAUGCCAAAGAAAAGGAAAUAGAAGUGUACCUAUCACAGUUUGAAUCCAGUAUGAAAGACAUAGAAGAAGAGAGUAAAACCAUAGAUUUGUCCAAACUACUACAGCUAAAGAAAAAUGUGGAAUCUGUACCCGACCCCUUAAAACUCUCUGAACAAGAUUUAACUUUGCAACAGAUUGAAUUCAAGGAGGGUAAAAAGGAUGAGAAUAUAUUGCAGUCUAUUUUAGGUGAAAUAUUCCUGAAGUACAGCAAAGUCAAAGUCACAAAAAUAUUUGAAGCCAAGAAAGGGAGCAGAAUGAUAAAGUACAUAUCUCCGAUAUCAGACACACAAGCUUGGUACAGGGAAUUCAGGUCCCCAGAAAACGUACUGCUCAACAUUGACAACGGAAACGCAGAGAAUGGGUGUAUGUUUGGGGAGACCCAAUCUGAUCAUAUACCAGAUGAUUUUAUCACAUUAAGCAAUGGAGUCCACAUAUACACCUGGCAUGCAGGGCAUUCUGUGAUGAAAAUCUCUCCCCCAAAGGCCAACAUCAGUGAAAUGUCUACCAACAAAGUUAUCAAGCUGGCAGACUUAUCCCCCUUGUUCCCUGUUGGGAUCUGUGCCACUGCAGACGACAGAUUCCUUGUCACUGCUAUAGAUGCCACAGCCUUCAGUGAGGAACUCUUCACCAAGAGGCAGCCAAAGAAAAGUGUUGUCCUGCUUCUAUCAAGUAGUGGAAAGACCAAAAAGGUUUACCAGUAUGAGGAAAAUGGAAAGACAAAUUUAUUUCUAUACCCUUACAGGGUAUCAGUAAAUACAAAUGGGGAUAUCUGUGUGAUUGAUCGAACAGCGAUUGACAAUGGACAGCUGUGUGUACUUUCCUCAUCGGGCAAACUCAGAUAUCGCUAUAAAGGAAAUGGUCCCAACCAAUCAGAAUUUGAUCCGCGAGGAAUCUGUUGUGAUUCUGCCGGUAACAUUUUAUUAAGUGACUGUGGCAAUAUGUGUGUGCACCUGCUAAAGGAGAAUGGCGACUUCCUGACGUAUCUAAUCAGAAGUGAGGAGGGACUGUGGUCAAUGUCCAUGUUGCUGAACACAUUAUGGAUCGGAGGCAAAAAUGGCUUCAUUUAUGUCUACAGAUAUGAAAUUAGUGACUCAUGACUCUCCAGCAAUUGUUAAGAGUACCAUAAUAAAAGAUAUCAUAUGUAAUCAUCCAUUUUUAUUUUCCUUAGUAGCUCAAGUUGUAUCAUAAUUUUU